AUGCCUACUACCUUGCGUCUUCAUGGCUAUGAAGCCACCGACAUUCAUCGCUACAUUGAGCUGUUGAUCCACAAUCUCGUAAAUAUCAAAGACACAACUGGCCGUUUCCUACUGAAGCUUGACGAUGGUCGUAUAAUCGAUACAAAAGGCUGGAAUGAUUGGGAAUGGACUCACGGCAUCGGCCUUUACGGUCUGUACCAAUACCACGCCUUGACAGGCUCAGCAUCCGCACUGUCAGUAAUUCAACAAUGGUUCCAAGGUCGCCUCGCCGAAGGCACUACUAAGAACAUCAACACAAUGUCGCCUUUCCUGACACUAGCCUAUCUGUAUGAAAAGAGUCGGGAUACCACACACGAAGCCUGGCUAGACUCUUGGGCAGAGUGGGCAAUGUACGAUUUACCGCGCACACCCUACGGCGGUUUCCAGCAUAUCACUUAUUCACACGAGAAUCACUAUGAGCUCUGGGAUGACACUUUGAUGAUGACUGUUAUGCCGCUCGCAAAGAUCGGUCUCUUGUUCAACCGCCCUCACUACGUCGAAGAAGCAAAACAUCAAUUCAUGCUCCAUAUCAAGUACUUGUUCGACACAAAGACAGGCCUAUUUUUCCACGGCUGGAAGUUCGAUGAGACCAGCCCCGGUGGUGUGGGGCACAACUUUGCAGAAGCUAGAUGGGCAAGAGGAAACAGCUGGGUGACAAUUGUGAUUCCAGACUUCAUCGAGUUGUUGAACUUGCCGAAGGGAGAUGCAUUGAGAACUCAUCUCAUCGACACUCUGGAGGCGCAAUGUAAAGCUCUUACAAGAUUACAGGGUGAGAAUGGUACGUGGCGUACACUCCUCGACAUCCCUACAAGUGAAGGCAGCUACGAGGAAGCCUCUGCAACAGCUGGAUUUGCAUACGGCAUGUUGAAAGCCGUGCGGAAGCGAUACAUCAGCAAAGAAUACGAGGCAGUCGCACUCAAAGCCGUAAAGGCUGUCAUCAGGAACAUUAGCGAUGACGGAGAACUCCAAAACACGAGCUUCGGCACUGCCAUGGGAAGUGAUCUGCAGCACUAUAAAGACAUUCCAAUCACGAGUAUGCCAUACGGACAAGCAAUGGCAAUGAUGAUGCUAGGUGAAUUCUUGAGAGUCUUUGUCUAG